CCAUGGCAGCGGCCGCGGCGCUGGAGGCCAUGGCGGCGGCGCUGCGGGCCUGGGCGGCGGCGGCGGCGCGGCAGGACGCGGCCUGGCGGGCGGCGCUGGCCGGGUGCGCGCCGCCGCUGGGCUCGCUGGCCGGGCUGGCGGCGCAGAUGCGGGCGGCGCGGCGCCUGGCGUGGGGCGCUUCGCCGCUCGGUGCCUUCGGGGACUUGCCGGAGCGGCUGUGGCGGAAGCAGCGCGGCGCGGCCGAGGCGCUGAUGGAGCAGCUCGGCGGCCGGCGGGAGGAGCUGCGGGCCGUGCGGGACGCGGUGGGGGCCGCUGGGGCCGCCGUGCUGCGGCUCUACGAGGAGCGGGCGGCGGAGCUGGGCCUGGAGGCGGUCCUGCGGCGGGGGCCGCGCUGCCCAUCGCUGGCCGACGCGCUGGAGGGGCUGCAGGACGUGGAGCGCUACUACCGGCACCUGUACCUGGAGAUCAAGCUUCUUCUCCUCCACAUCAGCUGUGACAGCCUGGCAGACAUGGAGAUCCUCCCACAGUCGUGGGAGAAGAUUUUGGAGCGCUACAAGGGAGACGUUGUUCAAGAUACUCUUCUUAAGGUCUCUCUGUUUGUGGACAACCAGCGAGAGCUCUGCAGCUCAACAGGCUCCUGACAGAGAACAGGAUCCGAUGUGGACCAGCUUCUGUGACCAGCUUGGUGUGCUCCAAGAUGACCUCAAAGAGAAGGAGGAUGAACUGAGGAAGCUUUACCGGUGCUUUUUGGAGGCUGAAUGAGCUGAGGACUUGGCCUGAGCAGGAGAUGCUUCGACUGUUCCGUUUUCAAGUGGAAAUGGACUUGAUGUCUGCCAAUAAAUGGGUGUAACAUAACGUCCUGGUACUAUGCAAGAAAGAUGUUUAGGUACUGCCCUUAGAAAUAAAUAAGGUUUAUUUAUAAUAAAUCAGGGCUUAAACCCAGUUUGCACCUUGUGCCUCUCAGCAGUGUGUUUGCUUUCAUCCCACCUGCACAUGGAUUGACAAGGAAGGAGUUUGAAAAUGUAAUGCUGGAGGUGCACAAACACUCGAGUUCUGACCCAGGCUGUUUGCAAGUGUGGGAGAGCACACUGAUACCUCUGCUAUGGCAUGUUUAAAUUGGAGUAAACUUCCCACUCCGUGGUGGCAGCAGCUGCUGGGAGCUCUGGGGACAUCUUCUGGUGGCCGUGACACUGAUCCCUGUAACGGUCCCAGAUACCGGUGGGAUUCUGUCUCUAAAUAACAUAUCUGAUAAGAAAUUGUAGCUUCGCAAGAGAAGGCCAAAUAAAGAAUUGUGCUUGGACAGG